CUGGUUCGGUUAUUCGGGGUUGAACAACGGCGCGGUGUGUCACGUGACGGCAUCUGCUGCUGGCUGAGUGAAGCGUGUUAGCAGGUAAAGAAAGAAAAAGAUUUUUCUAUUUUGUACAUACAUUGUUUUGUAUAUACUGUAUAUGAUGACUUCAGUGGUCAGCAAUCCAGCUCGAGGAACUCGAGACAGAGCGCUGCCCACCACCACACAAACCACACAGCCACAAAAACAGAUACAGGCCACAGCGGAACAGAUUCGGCUUGCCCAGAUGAUCUACGACAAAAAUGAUGCCGACUUUGAGGAUAAGGUCAAACAGCUGAUUGAGGUGACUGGGAAGACCCAAGAUGAGUGUAUGGUGGCCCUCCAUGACUGCAACGAGGAUGUCAACAGAGCCAUCAAUUUCCUGCUGGAAAGCACCUCUGACACGACCUCCUGGGAGACGGUUGGGAAAAAGGCGCGAGGCCCCAUGAAGGAGGGAGGACCCUCUGAGACGAAGGACAACCGAGAGAAGAGGGAUCGCGAGGCAAGCCGGGGCCGCGGGGGCCUCAACAGGAGGGGCCGUGGAACCAGCCGUAGCCGAGAAGUGCGGUCAGAGGAGAAUGUGUUUGAAAUGGGUCCUGGAGAUAGAGGGGCAGACCGUGGUCGCAGGGGGAGAGGCGUUGCUGGCAGAGGGUCGGGGGGUCGCGGCAGAGGAAGAGCAGCUGGUGGGAACCGGUUCUCCUCUCAAGGGAUGGGACUCUUCAACCCUGCUGACUACAACGCCAACUCGGGCGGGUCUCGCCAGGAAACCUGGGAAACUGAGGGGAUUGACGAUGGAACAGGAGGAACAUGGCGAGGCACCUUAGAAGACUGGGCUGCGGAAGACUGGAAUGAGGAUCUGUCUGAGACCAAAGUGUUCACUGCCUCUGCAAACCACAUCACACCUGGACACAAUGUGGACUUAGGCUUGCUGCUGCCCAAGACUGGUGGCGUGGAGGCAGAGCUGGGUGGCAUGGAGCCCCCCGCCGCCGAGGGCCUCGGGGGCCAGAGCCUGGUGUUCACCAACUCCCAUCACAAUGGCACUCGCACCGCCACACACAGCUAUGCCAGUGCCGCCGCCAACAGCUACGCCCCCGCCUCCCUGUCCUCAGUCCUGGGCUCUGGUUUUGGGGCUUUGAGUGGGCCCAAGCCGGCCCCGGAUGAGGUCAGGAUACCAGAGCAGCUCAACGGGCCCCGGCUCGCCCCGCGGCCCAAUCAGCAGCUGGUCACAGCGGGCAACGGCAGUGUCGCCAAAGAAUCCGGUCCACCUGCAGUUGAAGUCCCCUCGCCCAUUUCCGCCAGCGAAUUCAAGGCCCCAAGAGUGGAGCAUGGCCCAGUUCCAACCUCUCAACUUAAGACACACGCAGUGGAUCUGAAGAUGCAGCCAGAGCCGUCCCCUGUCCUCAGCAAACUGGCCCAGCGGCAGCAGCAGGCCCAGCAGAGCUCUCUGCCCCAGGCAGAGCCUUUGUCUCUUCCCCCCUCGGUCCCCACUCCCCCAGGCCACGGCCACUACAACGCCAGGCCCCCGCCUCCCAGAGACGAGCCUUCCCCCGGGGUCAAGCUGGCUCUCGACCACCAGGCCCCCAUGGCUGAACCCCAACAGAGGCAGAUCAAGACCCAAAGACGCAGAGUACCACCUCCCUCCAAGAUCCCCUCGUCUGCGGUGGAGAUGCCAGGCUCGGCAGACGUGUCUGGUCUCAACGUGCAGUUUGGGGCUCUGGACUUUGGCUCGGAGCCCAGUGUGACUGACAUGGGCCAACAGGCUGAGUCUACCAGGGAGCCGGCCUCCACAGCCGUACCUCAACCCCAGAGUAGCUUGUUCUCAAAACCUGGACCUGUCAGUGAGCCCCUGGGCAGCUUGCCGUCCAUGCCUCCGGUGUCGGACCCCAGUUUCCCCUCCCCGUCUCUGGGCUUGCCCAGUGCCACGCCUUCCCCCUCCCUGGGUCUCCCCAGCGCCGCUCCGCCCUCCUCCAACCCCUCGGCUAGCAGAGUGGACAGUGGCACUCCGCGGAGCAUGCCCUCGCACCUGGGCUACUCCCAGAGCAAAGACGCCCCCUCCACCCCUCUCACCAAUGGCUAUUGUGGCAUGAGGACACCGGGCCCACAGGACUCAACGUCAUUGGCCUCUCGUACCCAAAAGCCAGAGUCGCCCCCCAUGAGCAGUGAAAGUGGCCCCGUCCACCAUGUUCCCUCCCCGGCCCCCAUGCCCUCCCACUCCGCCCCCCUGCCAUCCCUCAACAGUCAUGUGACCAGUACAUACUCAUCAGGAUCUGCCCUCUCCACUAGCUCCUCCCUCACGAUGACCAGUGAGGAGAACAGCAGUCUCCACGCCUUCUCCUCCUCGGGCCCUUCGAUCAACGCCGCUGUUAGCAGCUCCAAUGGCAUGAUGCACGGCCCCGGAGGGCUUGGUCUGACUGGCAACGCCGCCCUCUCGGCCGCCGGGCGCACCGCCCAACCUCUGCUGACCACCACCUCGGGUGAGUCCAGGAGAACCCUGCCGUCACACAUAGGCAAACCCCCCCCUAACCUGGCCCAAGGAGUGCCCCCUCUGUUGGCCAAUCAGUACAUUAUGGGCCCUGGAGGCCUGCUUCCUGCAUACCCGCAGAUCUAUGGCUAUGAGGACCUGCAGAUGCUUCAGUCUCGUCUGCCUAUGGACUACUAUGGAGUCCCAUUCCCUGGUACAACGGCAACGAUGCCUGGCAGAGAUGGGCUAGCCAACAAUCCAUACUCAGGUGAAGCGACCAAAUUUGGCAGAGGGGAUUCGUCAUCCCCGGCUCCCCCCUCCAGCCUUUCACAGGGCCCCUCGCAGCCCCCCCAAGCUCAGAGCCAAGGCCAGGGCCAGCAGACCCAGAACCAGGCCUUCCUCAACCCCCCUCUGCCCCCGGGCUACGGCUACACCGGCCUGCCCUACUACGCCGGCAUGCCCGGGGUGCCCAGCGCCUUCCAGUACGGCCCCACCGUCUUUGUGCCUCCGGCCUCGGCCAAGCAGCCCAACAUGGGCCUGGGGAACCCCUCCAGCCAGUACCACCAACAGCAUCAGCCCAGCUACGGCCAGCACACGUAUGGAACAGCUCCAGGUUUGUCCGGCUCGGGCAGCAGUGGAGGUGUGCUGAAAUGGGGGCUUCAAUGUACAGCAAGACACAGGCUUUUGAUAAGCAGGGCUUCCACACGGGAACCCCCCUCUUCAGCCUGCCGUCUGCCCUGGGGGGCACAGGCCCCUGAACCCGGCGGUGCCCUGGUUACGCCCCAGCCCCCUUCCUCCACAUCCUGCCUGCCACCAGCAGCCCACUCCCAGAUGCUGCACCAUCACCUCGCCCAAGAUGGACAGGGUGGUCCGGGUCAGCGCAACCAGUCCAGCAGCAUGCAGCAGAAGAGCCAGGGCAACAAGUCCAGCUAUGGCAGCCCUUACUGGGCCAACUGAAGGGCACUGUGGUGACACCUAGGGGAGUCUGUCCUACCCCCCCAUGGCCCCCCCAUCCUAAAGGCUCUGUGUGUGGAGCUAAACAAAAACACACUGCCCAAACAUAACCCUCCUUCUCCAACUUCCCUCACCCCCAAAGUCCUUACAACAUUUUCUUUUCCCUUUUUCAAAUUGGUUGUACAUGUAAGAUAUUUAUGUAUGUAUUUAUAUAUAUAAAUAUAUAUACUGUAUAUGUAAUAGUAGAACAACAAAUGUGGUGGCUGCAUUUUUAUUUUUGAAGGACGUUUUUGUUCACUUUUUCAAAACUGCAGGAAGACGUUACAGCAAAAUCUGAACUCCUAUAGAGAAAUGGAAUGAGCUUUACCACUGAUGAAAUGAGGACAUCUCAGAUGGAGGGUUUUCACAUUAACAAACUGCAUUUGUCUCCUUUUUUAUACACAUCUGAGUGACCCAGCUAAUCCCACUCAUUUUGACGCUCUUUUAAAACUCCAUUUCAAUUUUGUAGCCGUAGAUCUCUUCCCCCUUCCCUGUUUUCUGUUUCUGGUGGGGGGGCUUUGGGGAGGGAGAGGGGGGGCGCCUCUGUGCCCUCCCCGCAUCGAUCCCCCUCAAAGACUUGCCCAUUCAAAUUUUAUAUUUUAAUGUAAUUUUAACCAUUGUUUACCUCUAAAUAAAAGUUCUGCGCUGUAA